AUGGAAUGUCCGGAUCUGCAGGCUGUUUACUCAUUUCUCGAGGAGAUCAAAACCUCCCUUACAGACUAUCAGGCCACACGCUCAAAUCUAGCACGGAAUCAGGCUCUCAAGCAAGCAGUACAACUGACGAGAGCUCUCGAGAACCCCAAAGAUGCGAUUUUCAAGCUCUUUCUGUCUCCCACCCAAGCGAUGGCCGUCAAAAUCGCGCAUGACCUCGGUCUCUUCUCAGUUCUGGCACAAUCUGAGACAGCCAUCUCUUGCAAGGAGCUGGCAGAUCGGAGUGGUGCACACCCGCUACUUGUUGAACGCAUCAUGCGAGUUAUCGCCGCAAUGGACUUUGUCGGAGAGGAUGGCCCCGGACAAUACCGUGCGACCCUGCUCUCCAAGGAGAUGACGGGCAAGAAGUCGGGCAUCGUCGACACGCUCUUUCUUGACCUAGCUCCAGCCAUCCUCCAAACACCGGCCUUCCUCCGCGACACGCACUACCAGAACCCGGAGGACCAAUCCGCUGGGCCGAUCCAAUACACGUACCACACGCAGAUGAACAGUUUUGAAUGGCUUGCCAAUCACAAGGCUGCGCAUGCACGGUUCCACGCCUAUGUGGAAGGUGUGCGCGAGGGCCAGUCGGAUUGGGUGGACUGGUUCCCUGUCCAGACGAGGAUCCUGGACGGAUACGCCUCCAAGCCGAGCGACCCGCUUAUUGUGGAUAUCGCAGCCGGCAGUGGGCGGGAUAUGCUGGCGUUCAAGAGAAAGUUCCCCGACGUCGCUGGUCGAAUCAUCAUCCAGGACCUUCCGGCUGUGUUCCAGGACGUUCAUUGCCAGGAUCUAGGGCUGGAGAAGAUCGAGCACGAUGCUUUCGCGCCGCAGCCUGUCGUUGGAGCGCGGGUGUACUAUCUCAGAUUCGUACUGCAUGAGUUCUCGGAUGACAAUUGCCGAAAGAUCCUGGAGAAUAUCACCCGGGUGAUGACCAAAGGACACUCGAAGAUCUUGAUCGAGGAGUUCCUCCUACCGGAUGAGCAUGCUCCCCUGUUCCAUUCGAUGGUGGAUAUGAUUCUGAUGGUCUUUGGGCCUGGAAUUGUGCGCACGCAGACGCGUUGGGUCGCGCUUCUCGAGUCCGUGGGGCUCACCGUCAAUCUCGUGGCGCAUCCGGACGGGGAUGGGCCGUCUAUCAUCGAGGCUGAAUUGGUGAAUGUGGAGUCGGAGUGA